UCCGGCUUGAAGUAACGGAAACCUUGUUGAUAACACUUUCGGAAGCCAUUGUUGGUGUGGUGGAUAGUGUGUAAAUUGUGCAAUCACUAGUACAUACGUUUUUUCAGUUUGUGUUUAGCAGACAGAAUGAAUAAGAAGUUUGAUUCUAGUACUCCGUUAAGUUCAAAGUCAGGUUUGAACAAUAGUAAAAGUUUGUAUCAUGAUUUUGUUCGUCCUAGGAGUCAGUUUGGAGCCAGAUUUGGAAGUUCUCCAUUUAUAGGCACGCCACAGCCAGACAACUUUGAUUUUAUUCCUCUUAGUUACAGUAGUCCUGUACAUUAUACAGGAGGAACUAGUGGCAAUUGGAAUGGACGUAAUCUAAAAAGCUUCGAUGGCAGUCCUGCCAUUUCAAGUUUUAACUCGAGGUUUGGUCCGUACAAUACGAACAGAAAAUAUUUAGACAGUAAUUCAAGCUUCAGUCCAUAUAGUAAUAUGGACAUAUCUAGGAAAUAUUGUCCGAAUAGAAAGAGAAAAGAUAACAACUUAUCAGGAAAUGCAAGAUAUUGUGAUAAUAUAAGUCUGUAUUAUCACCCUUCAAUGCUGGAAGAUCCAUGGGCAGAGUUAGAACAGAAAAUGCAAAACUGUACCGCUGGCCAAAAUUCAAGUCUUGGCAGUAAAAAUGGGUUUGAAGAAAAUGUUUCAAAUUUGAGAAGUGUGGAUUCAUUUAUUUGUGAUUCUGAUGAGGGAGCAGACUCUCAGGAGACAGACAGUACUGUGUCCGUGAGUGAUGGAUCUUCAUAGCAAAAGCUAGUAAAAUGGCUCCUUUUUAUUAUAUUUGUCAGUGUUCUUUUCCACAUGUGCAGAAAAUUGUUUAUUUUGUAAACUUUUAACUAAACUUUGAUGUCACCAAUACCUCACAUUGGCAAGUGAUAAGUGUUGCCAAACUUGUAACUCAUAGAUUGCUACCAGCGUUUCAGAGGUCCUUGUUGCCUCCAUCAUCAGGGCAGUUCUACAACCCAGAAAACAGCCGUCUUCAGAUUGAUAUCCUGUCGCUCUUGGCCAGAGCGUUGGGCCUUGACAAAGCAGCACCAAGGAGUUCUAUUAUGAGCCAGAACUUUCAUCUCCCUCCAGGUCUUUCCAUACUUUUUUGCCUCCUCUUCAGUGGUUUUCCUCCAGGUUGUUUUUGGCCUUCCCCUCUUCCUCCAUCCUUGGGGAUUCCAGGAGAGUGGGACCUCUCGAGCUUUCCAAAUGGGGCACAGUUGGAUAAAGGCUGCAUUUGCUUUGCGGAUUCUUGCCUUGACGUCUUCUCCCACUCACCACCAUGGAAACCUCAAAUCCUACUUAUUACUCAUAACUGAAAAAAGUGCAAAUAACUAACUGACUAACUAGAUGGCUUACUGAAUUUACUGCUAGUCCCACCUGUCUACUAGCCUCUAGUAAAACUUGUCUGCUGCUGGCCCAAAAAAUUUUUAUUAAUGACAUCACAGGAGUAAUUGUGGCAUAGGUUUGUUUAUGAUUGGAGUUCUGUUUUUAGGCAACUACAAUAAUGUAAUGUUUCAUUGUAAAAUAUGUUUGGUUUCAGUAAAUGUUUGUAUAUAAUUUAUGUAUAUCAUAUAUUGUUUAACUUUUGAACCUCUUAAAAUAGUAUAAUGUUAAUAAUUUUAGACUAUCUUCCAUCAGUUUAUUCCAGUCAUUACACAAACUUUGUAUUUUUGACUUACCUUUAGGGUAAAAAUAUUUUAUGCAUGAUUUUCCAUGACCUUUAAUAAAAUGAAGUACAUAUAA